GGUUCGAUGCUUUACCGUAUCAUCAGCAUUCAAAUGUUGGUAACGAUCGUGUAAAGACGUUCUUUCUGGUGGUGAUCAUAUAGUUUGGGAUGAAGAUCGCCUCGAUCAAAGUAUUUACAACGACUUUCGGUUAGUUUAGAUACAAUUCUCACCUCAGAAAUUAAAAAGUGCAUAAAUUUAUUCAUUUUCUACGAUCUUGCGGAGAAACAGUGAUAACUUUAAACGUUAUAAAAAAUUUAUCUGAAUUUAAAAACUGGUGCAUACAAAAAAUUGGAUUCAUUUUAAAGGUGAUCAACUCAUCGGUUGUGUUCUUGGGAUGCUUGAAAAUAAAGAUCCACAUUUCAAAAUGAAUCUCAAAUGGGGCACAAUUCUUCUUUAUAUUGGUAUAGCGCUGGUUUUGCAAUCGACACGCUGCGACGCUGGGUCAAGAGUUGUUCCUACAGAUCCUCAAACUCUGGCAAAACAAACCGGUGCGGCCCAUUUUGAAGAACAUUUCGAACCAGUUGAAUCAGAAGAAAGUGGUGAGCAUAAACUACGAAAAAGAGCGUCUGACGAAGACUUCGAUUACGAAGUAUAUCAAGGAGUCGUUGGGCGUGCUGGCAUUGAUUUUCCCAUUCAUGCACAUAUCCCGCAAACAUCAUUCAGUUGUCGACAAUACGGGAACGGAUAUUUCGCCGAUCUUGAAACUGACUGCCAAGUAUUCCAUAUCUGUGAUGAUGGUCGAAAAAUCUCCUUUCUGUGUCCGAAUGGAACCAUUUUUCAACAACCUGAACUAAUUUGCGAUUGGUGGUUCAAAGUAAACUGCGGUAAAUCCCCAAACUUUUAUGCCGACAGUGCCGAAAUCCAAUCCCGUGGUCAAAGUCGACGAAAGAGUCACAAACGCGUUGAAAACGACUACAGCUCAAAUGGAAAGAAAAACAGCUACCGGGCAAGUUCCAAAUCAAACGGAUUCAAGAGUCAAUAUCCUUUGAAAUCUUCUAAACGCUAUGAGGAAUCAGACCGAUUGAACCAAGCAAAACAUUCAGACCGCAGAAUUGAUUCCGAAGAGAGCGUCUCUGCUGAGUCUAUUGAUUUCGAAGAUAUCACUGAAGGAACCAGAACUUACUACCGUAAAAGUGACAAAUUCCAAGCAGGCGGUUCAAAUGAUAAUGAAAACGAAAGUCAGGUUGUUGCAGAAACUGCUUCAUUUGUCAGUAAUAAUGGACGCAAUGGCUACAACUAUGAUAAUCCCAUUCCCGGAAGAAAAUCUUCUGUUGAACGGGAUUAUUCUAGAAACGUAGCCAGCCAACGGCCUAAGAAUGACCGUGGUCGCCAGAAAUAUGAUUUUCGAAGCAAUGUCUACAAAAACCAAAAUCAACCAAGAUCACAAGAAGAUUUCUUGGAAGUUUCGACAUUUGAACCGGCCACUUUCACAAUUGGAAGUAAGCCAAAUCUUUUGGGCUCACGCUCGCAGAGUCGCUUCUCUACACCACGUCCCAACAGCUACACUACUGCCCGUCGCUUUGAUAUAACGAAAACUACACCAUUCUACACACCUACCGUUCCGACUGUUAGUAGCCGCUUUGGUGAGUAUAAGUCAACACCGGUAAAUGCAGGUAAACCAAUCUUCAACAACAUUGUUUCAACACCAGUUCCAUUUGCCCAGCGAAAAGGAACAAUUCUACCUCAGCUUAACGAGCGGUUCAACCAAGGAGCAUCAAACGAUUACCACUAUUCCAAACCAUCUAGCUUCAGAGUAGCAUCUACAACCGCAGCUCCUGUGCGUACAACAUAUUUCGUUUCGGAUGGAAGACGUCCAGCUGUAGACAUUCGACUACAUAAUGGAACAGUUACAUCAACUCCAUCAUAUUUCACCACUACCGGAGGAUCUACUCAUACAACUCCUGGUUAUAACUAUUCACCAUUCUCCACUGUUACUCCAAACUCAAUAGGUUUUGGACCAAGUAAACUAAGUUCUCCGGCACCUUUCAGUAUAUUUUCAUCUGGCGAAAGAACUACCAGUCCGCCAGACGUGGUUAUUGCAAACCGAUUUGAAUCCCUGAAGCAGGAUCUUAGUAGGCCGACCACUUCGACUUCAUUCCCUCAGGUUAAAACCGAGAGUGUAGAAAUAUUAGCCAAUGAUCAACCAACCAGCCACGAUGUUAACAUCAAAGUCACAACUGCGUUAGCUACAGAUUCACCAGUGGAAACUAUCACUGGAAAUGCAUUUGUUUCUUCGAACAAAGAUGAAAGCGGAAAAUUGAUAGGUUCUACUGGGUAUGCCUAUGACAACCCUUCAACUCAAUCUAAUCUGAUCGGCGGUACUAGCACUUUUGGAUAUAGCACUGUAUCGAACGAAUAUACAACUACCAUCAGCCCAACACAAAAUCCUCAAAGCGUUCCCCCACGGCCAGAAGCUGAGGGAGCAGGUCUAGAAGCAUUCGAUCAAAAGCGGAACAUUCUUAGCAAUGGCGGAAAUUUGAAUAUAGUUCAAACUACUACGUUCAAACCACAGGAGAUAGGAUUUACUGGUUAUCCAGCUAGAGCUGGUGUCGCUACAUCAACAUUUGCGCCACCCAUUUCGACAUAUUCUCCACAACAACCCGUAACCUCAACUUCUUUCCCUGAUUUAUCUGGAGCACCGAUUUCAACAAUCGUUCCACAAUCGCCUGAAUCACCAACCUCAACAUUCCCUCCACAAAUUUCUGAACUUCCAACUUCUACAUUGGCUCCACAAUUCCCGGCAGUCUCCACAGAAUCACCAACACACUCCUCAACCACCGUCCCUGAAGAUCUACCUCCAACAACCUAUAGACCUUCUCUUACUCCAGCACCAACUUUAACGGUUGUUGACCACGUGAAAGAUAUGAUCAAGACGCUUAACGAUCUUAAAGUACCAGUGAAAGUAGGGUCAAGACAAGGGCUGGACAUACCCUCCUCUUCAGGACCGUCAUCCCUUCAUUCGUUGGCCGAAUAUUUUGCAUCGGCAGAAGUUACUUCGACUACUGAAGUGAGCACUGCAACAGAUGAUAAUCGUAGCGGAGACCACGAUGACGAUGCAGUCGCAGUCAAGUCUGAUCUCGAUGGCUCAAAUUUAACUGGAAAGACCGUUAAUAAAUACAAAGAUUUGUUUGGGCUUAGCACAACAACCACUCCACCAGAACCAACUAUCAGUCCAUACUUCCAGCCAAAUAUUGCUCCCGAUGCCAAUGAUCUCGAAGGACAACACUCAUCAGGUUUACUUGGCGAUAAUGUCGGAAAGCCAGAAACAAGGAAAAUUGCCCAAGUGUUUACGAAUGCGUUGUCAGCUUAUUUGCAAGAUCCUGAAUCAUUCAGAAAGGUUUUGACCGAGGUUAGACCAACCGAACCUCCAGGUGCUUUUGAUGGAGAAUUUGCGCAUGGAACUGCUGCAUCUUACUUGCCAACUAUUCCUACUACCAUCACCCCCACUAUUCAACCAUUUGCUCAGACUGCUACCCCGCGAUCAAGUGAGGGGUUGGAGGUUCUAGACUAUUCAGAUGUGACAAUUACCCCAGGUAGUGGCGCCGCAUUGUCAGCCAUCAGAAGCACGACUGUUCCAAAUGAAGUCAGCACUACCACUCAAGAGCCAACAUAUGCUAAUCCCGCUACCGUGACAGCGAUUCCUAACUAUAUGAAUAAAGUUCCAGCUUCAAAACUUAUUACAGAGAGUCUGAGGAAAACUGAAGUCCAAGUUGAGACGAAUGCAAAACUUCAGGCAAAAACGGAAGGAAAUUCUGUCGCUGAAGAAAUCAAUUCUGGAUUAGGAUUGUCUACAAUUGAACCCUAUUUGUCCUUGGCCGAGUCCGUGGCAGCACGUAAACCUUCAGUUGAAGUAUCCAAUGCAAACGAAGCCCAAUCGACCACAAGUAGCAAUGAUAACUCGGGCGAAUUAUCAACAACUGCUGCUCCACCGUCAGUAUCUUUCGAACUUCUCCCACCCUCAGCUGAUGGUGAUAUCAAUAUUGACGAUGAUGAAGAUACUCUGCAAAGGGCCCAAUCGCAAUCUUUUGUCACAGCUCGCAACAAACUCAACCGCCUUGAGGCACAAGGAAAACGUUUUGAAAGCUUAAAACUUUCAACAACUAUUUCACCUCGUUUUGACUUCGGCCAAACUGGACAUUACAUUACCCGAAUAAUGACUGACUCUCCUUCCACUACCGAAAUUCCUGACUACAAAAGAGGCACCAUUACCCCUUGGCCAACCACCACUUCCUACACUACAUAUGUCGACCCACUUACAAUCAAUGACGAAUUGAUGAGCCAAAAUGAAACUGUAACAACCACUGCAAGCCCACAUACGUACUUGCCGAGAUCCACACCACCUCAGCCUACACCCGUUAAUGUUGACAUUGAAGAUGCUGGUGAAACUGGAACGUCAACAAUCCGAAGCUUCUUACACCCUGACAUUCCUGAAGAGGACCUUCCACCAGCAAACGGCAUUCAAAGAAUCGCCAACAAAAUGUUUGGAAAUUUGGAUGUUGAAUCAGCAAGUCACCUAAUGAGUGUUAUGAAAAAAGCUGAAAGCAAUGCAACCGUUAGAAAACUGAUCCUUCUUUUGAUUCAAACCUGCGACGACAACUACAAUAAGACUGUUGAGCAAUCAAGAAAGAUCCUCCUCAACGCACUGAUUGGUAUGGAUCAGAAACUCGAAGGAGAUGAAGAAGUCAAAGUGUUCCAGCUUCAGCCCGAUCGCCAAGCAAAGAGCAUCGAAUACUCGAGCCAAUCUGAAAAAUUAAUUGCCUCAACUGUAGGUCCAAGCGUGUUCACCUCUCCGCAGUUCUCAGUUUCAACAGUUCCGAAUUUUGAGUCUUCUUCAACCAUAUCCUCUUCCGGAGAAGAGACUACCAAAUUCCAGACACGAUCAGGAGAGUCAAAUGAAGAGGUAUUUGGAGGAGGCUCAACAUUAAGGUCUUAUGAGUCAGAAUACAGCACCAUUGCCAGCACCCAGGAACCGAGUGCUUACAGCACACCAGAACCACUCAGUAUAGCCCAGACAACUGUUCAGCCACAAAACAACAGACGCCGAACCAAGGACGUAAACGAUUCAAUAGGCCAAGCGGGUUUCGAGUCAGAUCUUAGCCAUAAAAACUCAGACGAACGAGCCCUAGAACUUCUCAAGUCGCUCUACUCGCUAGCGUCAAAAUUCAGCAAGCGGUAAACACCGACUCCAUGACACCAACGAGACUGAGAAUGUUCUUCUAGUAUUUAAAGAAAAAAUCUAAAAACGUCUGUUUUCUAUAUUUAAGCAAAGUAUCUUCAUAAAUAUCUUAAGACUCGACUAUGCUCUCAAUGAGUUAUGACUCAAUUGUUUUAUUUAGAGGUUCAAAUUGAAAUUCGAAACUAAAGCAUAAAACUCAUUUCCAGUCCUCUCCGAAUAUCAUAGUCGACAUAAACAAUUAUCUUGUCUUUUGAAAUUUUAGAUAAAACAACAAAGAUUUUAGCUACUUUUGUGAGAUUUAAAUUUAUUUAGUGAAUGAGUGAUAGAAUAUCGAAAUUAUUUAUUCAAAAUUCAACAUUUUCCACGAUUCGAACUUCACUACAGAAGAGCAAGAGCCUCUGGACACACUUUUACUCUAUCUUUUGUCAGAUAAAUCUUUCAAGCCCCUUCACUAGUAGGAAACCGAUCGUCAAAAUGCUGUAAUAAAUACCAAGUGCUCAUCAACAACAAUUCCUAUUUUUAUUGUUAAAUAAGUCAACCGAGAAUCAAAAUUUCAGGAAAAUCAAUGACGCAAUUAUAUUUCGAUAUUUUUUUAGUAUUUUGUAUCCAUUAUAGUGUACAUAUAUAUCUUAUGGAUUUAGUCUAGCUAUUAUACGUAAAAUGAUAUUGUAAAAACAAGAUCGAAGAUGCAUCUUAGAUUAACCCUUCAUAAAUAUUUACCCCCAUAUCUACUGGCAGUCCCGGAUUUGAUCGAGAAUAAAGUCAAGAGCGGAGAGAUCAGGUGUUGGAUCAAAUUUUAUCUAUUUAAAGCGGAAAUCAUCAUAAAAAAUCAACCAUUAUUCAUACUAUUAUCUGCUAUCGUAUUUGAUAUAAAAUUAUAAAUCUUUAAAGAGAUAUUUAAGAAAGGACCGAUCGUUACCCUUGAAAUUUGAUAUAAAUGAAACUUUCGAAUUGUAUGCUUUAAGAAGGAAGCUUACUUGUUAAUUUUUGUAAAUAAAUCAUAUUUUGUAAUUGUAUAGUUCUUAUAUAAUAAAGCAAUAAAUAUUUUUUAAAUAAA